GACCGUUUCGCUGACGACGUUAAGUCCGGUAAAGCUUGGAGAGACGCGUGGCGGACCGCUAACGAUGGAUUCGAGCAAUUCGUUUUCGAGGCUAAGAAGACCGCCGAGCGAAUCGAUCGUCAGUACGCUGUUUCUCGCCGGUUAAGCUCCGCUGCUAGUUCUGCCGGUGACCGUGCUCGUGAGAUUGAUCGUGAAUUUGGGAUUAGUCCUCGUGUCAGGAGCUUCUCUGCCGAUUUAAGUAGAAAUUUCCCUAAGUACAGGAAACAAUUCAGUGCCUUCUUGAAUACACCGCUCGGUGGAAGUUUUGCGACUAUUUUCUUUCUUUGGUUUGCCCUCUCUGGAUGGCUUUUCCGAGUAAUAAUAAUUGCGACUUGGGUUCUUCCAAUUGCUGGCCCUCUUCUCAUUGGUGCAGUGGCCAACAACUUUGUCAUCAAGGGAGAAUGCCCAGCAUGUAAGAGGCAGUUCAUAGGAUACAAGAGCCAGAUUAUCAGAUGCGAGGGGUGUGGGAACAUAGUGUGGCAGCCACAAGACGACUUCUUCUCAAAAGAUGGCAACAACAAUAAUAACAGCAAGGGAAACUCUAAAAAGCCAUCUAAAUCCCAAAUCAUUGAUGUCGAUUUUGAGGAGAAAUGAUGAUUAGAGAGAGACCGAGAAUGAAGCAGAAAGCUCUCUCUCUCUUGUUGCACUUAAUGCUCACAUGAAGAUAAAGAAAAUGUGUUUAUAACUGAACCAUUUGCUGUAUUUUUUGUCUGUUUUGAGCUGCAGCUCUGUAGAAGGCAUCGUGUUUUACAUGUUGUGUACAUGAUAAGGUUUCCUUGUAGAUGGACAAAUGUAGUUUCCACAAGCCGGGAGACUUGAUUGAAACUCCUAAAGUUUUUACAUCUUAGACAAAUCAUAUAUUAUAGAACUUCACCACUAUUUGUAUUUA